GCCCCUCGCCAGAUUUAUCAUCUUCUACAUCAAGAACGGCUCCACCUACAACAAUGGUGUCCUUACCUCCAACACUCUCCUACAUCUCUACCACCCGGCACGCCGCCACGAACUUCAUCCAGUCGCUCCCUCCUGCAGGCCUCAUCGACAGCGUUUUCUUGCUCUUUUGCAAAGGCAGCAGCCACACCGACGGCCCAAACCACGCUAUCAUGUACGCAGAUUUCACCAUUUACUACUUCAGUUACUCCGUCAUGUAACCUUCCAACAUCCUUUCCUUACCCUGUAUUUGGCUUCCCCCAGACCUCCUCCUCCUCCUCACCAUACGCUCUAGUAAACACGCCCACUAAGUUUACCGGACGUAACUUACCGCCCGUAGGUGAGGCGAUGACCCCAUUCACGGCAGCUCCCUCACUGCCUCACCAGGCACACCUGACUUCAUCGUGCCGCGGCGUCGAGGCACACCCAAGUCCACCACAGUUAUUUCAAGAUCAGUUCACCACAAACGAUAAAAGAGAAAUGAGGUCUGAUUAUGGACACUCUAGUCCUGAGUGGCGGUAUCUGAGCUCUGAUGGCCGGCAUUCGUGUCUCGAUUCUGGAUUUUCUAGUCCUGAUUUUGCAAGUCCAAGUCCCCCUAAGUGCAGGCAUCCAAGUCUUCGGUGUGGCGGUCUGAGGGAUAACUGUUCGUGUUUGGUGAGUCAGGUGGGGGAUACUCCGCCCCUUCCCGUUUUUUCCCCGUUACCUACCAGCUCCUUAUCACCUGUGCGUCCUUCACUAUCUGUCCAACCUCCAGUACCCUUCCACACCCCACUUUUGGUUCAUGCACCACUCUCUAACCGCUCUCCUUUUCCUGUGCGUCCUUCACUAUAUUUCCGUAAUGACUUACCUGCCCGUGCACCAUUUCCUGUCCAUAAUAAUUUACCUAUCCGUCUACCACUGUCUGUCCCUAAUGACUUACCUGUCCGUGCGCCAAUGCAUAUUCGUGGUCCUUUCCCCGCCGUGCCGUCAUCUGUGGAGAGGAUCCCAGUUCCCCAGGUUGAUGUCGACGCCAAAAUGAUGACGAGAGUCAGAUCAGAGACUGAGCGUGGUGGCGGGGACCAGGUCAGCCAGACGGACAGGGGGGCUACACUUCACAAGGAAACAGACGGCCAUCGGACCUGUUCACUCCCCUACCGCUUCUCCGUGAAAGGUCUCGCUUACCCGCUGGUGGGACGGUCACGGCGACGCGGAGGACAAGUGAGGUUCACCUGUGACCAAACUAGCCAACUGGAGGCGUGGUUCUCCCGCCACAAGUACAUCACCCCGCCACAGAGGAAGACCAUAGCCAGGGACCUCAACCUCCAGGAGCGUCAGGUUAUAACUUGGUUCCAAAACAGACGAGCUAAGGUGAAGCGUCUUAAGGCUCAGAGUGAGGAGCCACGUAUCCGGUAGAGAGGGUAUUGGAGAGGAAAAUAGGGACCAAGGUGACGGUUGAUAUACUAGGCUACGAAUCUCAAACUGGUACCAGGUAUGAGAUGAACGUGAAAGCCAAGAGAAAGGUUUAUGAUUAUGCCGUGUAAUUUUAUUUCAGCCCCAUAAGGUUAAUAAGAAGUGAUAUAUAAUCAUAAUGACGAUGAGAGAGAAUGUGAUAAAACAAUAACAAAUAUCUAGCGUGGAAUGUUAUACGCUAAUGUGAACGAAAAAUGUUACGCAAUUAAACUGAAUUGGAUGAAAGCAGAUUGUGUAAUAAUCGACUGGUGAAAGACGCAGGUUGUUAUGAAUUGUGUAAUGGUGACUCUUAUGACAACACAAAUAUGGGGACAUUAUCGACUCAGGUUAUAUAGUCUCGUGAAGAUAAAACUGUUCAGUAACAUAAAUUAAGUAAACAGUUGACUCAGUCCAUACAUAUUAUUUUACUAUUGUUAACAUAAGUUCUCAGGUUAAGAUCUUUAGUAAUAAUCAUAGGUUUUGACGUACCUGUACUGUAUUUUUAAUUUUUAAUAUGUAAUGUACUUAAUUCACUGCCCAUUCUCCCAAUAUUUCUUACUCUGUAUAGUUUAUUGAGUACAAGCAAGAUAAUUCCUCAUGAUUUAUAUUUUUCCAACUUAAAUAUUUUUUGUUACAUGUAUAAUGAAUUUAUUUUAGAUUUGUCAUAAAUUGCUAAUCCAGAAUAUUCCCAGGUUAUUAUUCAGGAGGAAAAAUUACUUCUAGAGAGAGAAGGUCGGACUAACUGGGAGUACAAACAAAGAGACGCAUUGACACGAUUCGAAACAAGUUUUAACAUACUUAACAAGACCCGGGUUUAUCUAUUUUACACAGUUACUGAAAACAUAUUUACAAUGAUGUAUGAUUUACUUAUUUGUCGGUUAUUUGUAAAUAUUAUUCAGAUUAUUACUCAGAGGUGGAAUAAACAGUAAGAAGGAUUUUAACUUUGAUGAGUCAGUCUACUGUGUACUGUUCCGUACAUUGUUCAAAUAAUAUUUCCUUAUAUUUGCAGCUGAUGACAGAAUGUGAUAUUAGUUAACUGCCUGCUAUGUAUAACAAUGUGUUUAUUAUGUAUACGUGCCUUUAUAUAUGUGUUCAUACAUUUUUUUUCGUGUUCAGAUAACUUGUUUUCAGGAAUUUGUUUGUUGUAUAAUAUAUAUUAACAUUAUGUAGUCACCAAUAUGACCAACAUCUUGUGAAUUUUGUUAUUGAU